CAUCGCGCCUGCGCCCCGCGCAGCCGGUUACUCGUGUACCGGAGGCUACAGUCCCCCGCGGCGCGGCGGCAACUAGGGUUCACGGCCGCCGUAGCAGAGCCGCCGCGGAAAGAUGUGGGUUUUUGGUUACGGGUCCCUGAUCUGGAAGGUGGAUUUUCCCUAUCAGGACAAGCUGGUCGGAUACAUCACAAACUACAGCAGGCGUUUCUGGCAGGGCAGCACGGACCACCGCGGGGUCCCCGGCAAGCCUGGAAGAGUUGUGACUCUUGUUGAAGAUCCUGCGGGAUGUGUAUGGGGUGUUGCUUACAGAUUGCCAGUAGGAAAGGAAGAAGAAGUAAAAGCAUACCUUGACUUCAGAGAGAAAGGAGGCUACAGAACCACAACAGUCAUUUUUUAUCCAAAAGAUACCACAACAAAACCAUUCAGUGUAUUGUUGUAUAUUGGAACAUGUGAUAAUCCUAACUAUCUUGGUCCUGCACCUCUGGAAGACAUUGCUGAACAAAUUUUUAAUGCAGCUGGUCCAAGUGGAAGAAAUACAGAAUAUCUUUUUGAACUUGCAAAUUCUAUUAGGAACCUUGUGCCAGAAGAAGCAGAUGAGCAUCUUUUCGCUUUGGAAAAAUUAGUAAAGGAACGUAUAGAAGGGAAACAGAAUCUCAAUUGCAUAUAAAGAACUAAUCAUUGACUUUUGUAAACAAGCAGAGCUUUUAGUCUUCAGAGAAUUAACUUCAGUGCACAAUGGCAAUAUGAUUUGGAAAUAUGUUUGAAGAUCCUAUUUUUAAUCUAGUGAAGAUAUUAUCUAAACUUAUAGUUUAAUUGGAGAUGUCCUGAAACACAUAUAUUCAAAAGAUUGGGAUACAGUGAAAGAAAAAUUCAAAUUUUAAUAAUAUAAAGAUUUCCUAACUUUAUGCUAUUGAACACUUACUCAUUAGAAGUGAGUUCUUCAGAAAAAUACAGUGAAGGACUCAGUUCAGUCUGGUUUUUAUCAGAAUAACAAUAAUCCUGUUGUUUCAUAUCCCAAUACUAUUUUGAAGUUCUAAAGAAUUAAACCAAAAGUUAACUAAAUAUAAGGUUAUGCCUUCAAUAUAUUCCCAUACAAUUCCGUAACCAUGGUUUAAAAUAUACAUGUUUAAAAUAACACGAUUAGAAAUACAUAGUAAUAUGAAUAGUAUUUCAGCCUUAAUUGUGAAUUUCCUUGUUAUUUAGGUAUUAAAUGAAACCUUUUCAGUUUUAAGCCAAAAAUUGGCAUUUUUUUUAAUAUAAAAAUUUCCUUGGAAUUAUAAUGUACCUCUUCUUUUUUAAAUAAAGGCAUUUUACUGUAUGGAAAAUAACUCACUAAAGCACAAAUUACAUUAUACAAAUCAUGAUCACUAACGAUGUAGUCUGUCAUUCACGUUUUAUUAAUCUUAUACCAAAACUGAAAAAAAUGGGCUUUCUGAUACUACAAACUAAUGGCAUACAUAAUGAAAGUUUAGUUUUUAAAACAGCUUUUGGAAUUCUU